GGCCGUCCCGGAAGUGCCGGGCGGAGCCAUCGCGGCUAGCCACCGCCGGGCGAGGCGCGGGGCGCGGGCGACGAUGUGGUUCAUGUACGCGCUGAGCUGGGUCGCGCUCCUCGUCCAGGCCGCCUUCGUCACCCUCGGCAUCGCGGCUGGAUUGUACUACCUGGCGGAGCUGAUAGAAGAAUACACAGUGGCCACAAGCCGGAUCAUCAAAUACAUGAUCUGGUUCUCCACGGCUGUGCUGGUCGGCCUGUAUCUCUUUGAGCGCUUCCCGGGUCUCCUGGUGGGCGUGGGUCUCUUCACCAACCUGGUCUACUUCGGAUUGCUGCAGACCUUUCCCUUCAUCAUGCUGACCUCCCCCAAUUUCAUCCUCUCCUGUGUGCUGGUUAUGUUGAACCACUACCUGGCCUUUCAAUAUUUCGCAGAGGAAUAUUAUCCCUUCUCAGAGGUCCUGGCCUAUUUCACCUUCUGCCUCUGGCUCAUCCCCUUCGCCUUCUUCGUGUCUCUGUCGGCUGGCGAAAACGUCUUGCCGUCCACCGUCCAGCCUGGAGACGAUGUGGUCUCCAACUACUUCACCAAAGGGAAGCGAGGGAAGCGUUCGGGGAUCCUCCUGGUCUUCUCCUUCAUCAAGGAAGCCAUCUUGCCCAGCCGACAGAAGAUGUACUGAUGCCCCCCCCCACCGCUGGCACCCCCCCCCCCGUUUUUUUUUUCUCCCCCUGGCCAGUACAGAAACCUGCCUGCCUGCCCCAAAAGGCGGACCUCUCGCCCGCCCCCCCUUUUCCUUACGUCGAUCCCUUUGGGGUGAACGAACCAGGUCCAGAGGCCUCCAGAUCCCUCUCUUUCUUGUAGAUGGCUGGUGGAGGGCACAGGGCCGAGGAAGGGGAUCCCUCCCCCCUCUCGCCCCCCCCUCAAUGAGACCCCCCUCCCCGAUGAACUCUUGGCGUGCUUCUAAGCCGGGCACGUCACCUCUUCGCGGUAGGAAGGGGUGCAACGUU